AUGGGCUGUUCAGGUUCCACUGAGAAGGAUCUGCAGCGUGAGCAUCUGGAAGAGCUGACUGUGGUACAUCUAAGCAAAGAACAGAAAGGGCUCAUUAAGGAUUCGUGGAGUAAAAUUCAGCAAGAUGUUACAAAAGCUGGAAUCAUUAUGUUUGUGAGGUUAUUUGAGAACCACCCAGAAUGUAAAGACGCUUUCUUCAGCUUUCGUAAUGUUGAGGAUCCGAGGGUCCAGGCUAGCAGAGAACUGCGGGCUCACGGCCUUCGUGUGAUGUCCUUCUUGGAGAAGAGCAUGGCCAGGAUUGAUAAACCAGAGCGUUUAGAGAAGCUGGUGCUGGAACUUGGAAGAAAACACUACCAUUAUCACUCCAACCCCAAAUACUACAUGUAUCUGGGAUUAGAGUUCAUUAAUGUGAUUAAACCAAUUCUGAAGGACAGUUGGACCUCUGAGCUGGAGGAGGCCUGGAAGACUCUCUUCUUAUAUUUGACCCAAAUGAUGAGGCUGGGCUAUAAAGAGGAGGAGGAAAAACAGUGCCACUCUAUGGCCAAACCUAUAAUAGCACAGCCUGCCCCGAAGAAUCGAGAGUAAAAUUCACAGAGAGCAGAACUGAGUACUUCCACACUUUAGAAACAGACUGUUACACGACUCCAGAAACUACAGUCGUGUGUGCACACACCCCUGUAUAAAUUAACAUGUGUUUCCAUUUGUAAAUAAAUUAACUUUAGUGUACAGUAUGAAUAACCUCUACUGGACAGAUGCCAUAUUUUAUGUUAAGUUUAGUAAAUAAAUAAAAGGUGGAGUUUAAGGAGAGUACUUAUGAAUGUGUGUAUAUAUUGAGGUCAGAUGAAAAAUGUUGUAUUUUCAUUUUUCAUUGUUUUGACAAUGUGAAUUGUUACAUUGUCUCAAAAUUUCAUGAUGAAUGGACCAAUUGAAAUGCCCCAAAAUGGCUUAUAAUAAAUCUUUUUGAAAAGAUUCCAUUUUGGAGUAACAAGGUAUUUGCAUGUAAUGUAUAUAAUGUAAUGAUAUACAGUACUGUGCAAAAAAUAUGAGAGAAAAAUAAGAAUAUUUCAUUGUUUCGGAAAGUAAUUCAUAUCCCAUAAGCUAGUCUGAGAAACAAAGUUUAGUUGCAUGGCAACCAUAAACAAUACUAGACUCUGUGAGAACGGCAGCUUUGGAUAUGUUAUAAUGAACAGUGAUGUAAAACCAGUACUUUCUGUACGAAUGUCAUUAUAUUAAUUCUAAUUAUUUAUUAUUUAUUAAUUCAUUUGCCUUUUCUACAUGUGUCUAAAACCUUUGCACAGUACUGUACAAAUCUGUUACUCCAUUAUUUUAUCAGUGCAUAAUUUGUUAGCAUGUAGUAUAAGAACUGUUUGAUAAAAUUGGGAUAUAUAGCUAAUUUACUGUGUAUAAUGUAACUGGAAUAGUGAUUCAAUAUUCUGCUGUGAAAAGAACAGAGGCCUGCAAUUCAUAUUCAGCACAAGACUGAAACUGAUUUAUUAUAAAUGUGAUGAAAAAUCACAUACAGUCUAAACGGUGAGCAAAAUAACAAUCUGUGUCUGGUGGUGCAGCGCUGCGUAAUGCAAGCAAAAACUGCAAUAACUUAAAAAAGUAAAAAAACAAAUAAUAAUAAGAUUACAGAUGUAGAAUAUUAACAGAAUUAAUUAAACUUGUGAUCUGGGAAGGCGUUCCCAAAGACGUUUCUUAAACGGUCGGGUGAGCAGCACACUGAACACACUCUCUCCAACAUUUUAGAUGAUCUUAACACUAGGAUGCAUCCAAUCACAUUACAGUUGGACAGUAUAAACACGCCCCCUCACAACAAAAAAGAAGAGUAAACAAACACACAUUAAUAAAGCCAGUAAAGCAGCGUGGAUAUAGUGCAUAAAAAAACAGUGAAAGAACAAAUAAAUAAAUAACUCCUAUUUAGAAAUGUACAAGUGUUUCUCCAGUCGUAUUUUCUGCUUUUGAUCAUUAAAUUAAUAGGUUUAUUUAGUACAAAUGUUGUUGGAACAUCUGUCCACUCAGCUCACAUAAAUAAAAGCACGUUUGGUGAAGAAGCUCAAGCCUUGACCCGCUGAGUAACACAUGCAGCUGCACAAAAUAAAUUCAGGAGCUCUUCUUUGCAUUUCAAACACACCUUCACAGCACUCGAACCAAGCAAACAAACAAACAAUCAAACCAACACUUUCUGAUAAACAGCUCACUUCAGUACUCUAAUACUGUAGCACAGUAUUCCAGUACUGUAGCUCAGUACUAGAAUACUAGUUUUUUCGGAGUCUUAACAUCUGGAUUUUUCAUUUUCAUUUUAAAGAUAAUUGAAUUUGAACAUCACUUUUAAGAUUUUAAGCUAAAUAAAUGUUUUAAAUUUAUUAUUCGCUAAAAGACAAACUUUCAGAGUGUGCUCCUUCAGAGAACGCAACUGAAUCGUGAUUUUUUUUAACAGAUCAGGUGAAAUGACCUGCAGCUAAAAGUGGAUUAUGCUAAUUUUAGACACAAAAAACAUUCAACAGCCAGUAUGAAGACUUUCUGCAAAGACAUUCAAACUAAACCACAAAAUACAUUAAUAUUAUAACAUUACUUCUGAUUUAAAGUGGAGGACAGGAACACAUUCUCAUACAUUAUUUUGAAAAAGGGGGUUCUAUAAUCAAAGGCAAUGGUUCUAUAUAGAACCAUAAAAAACAUAUUUGAUUGAAGAAACAUUUGAUUGUUAAAACUUUUUUUUUUUUUUUUUUU